UUGCCAAGGAGCAGAUUCAUCAAUUUUAUUGGGAGGGGAGUGAAUCCAGACUCAUCAACGCUGAUAAUUACAAUUAUGCCAUCCCAAAACACCGGUUUCCAAACGCACAACAACAUCCAGAGCCUCUGACAACCCAAUUGGAGUCUCUGUUCCGUUCUUGUUCUGAUUCCUCUCUGCUUCCACAGGUCAAGCAAAUUCAUGUUCGGGUCACUGUUUGUGGAAAGAGUGAUAUCAAUGUGUUGGGUUCAAAAAUUGCAGGGCUGUAUGUUCUUUGUGGUAGCAUCAGGGAUGCUAGGAACUUGUUUUUCAGGCUUGAGUUGGGCUAUGCACUUCCCUGGAAUUGGAUGAUAAGAGAGUUUGUGAUGUUGGGGUGGCAUGAUUUUGCAUUGUUGUUUUACUUCAUGAUGUUUUGUAGUGGAGUCUCACCUGAUAAAUACACUUUCCCUUACAUUAUAAAAGCUUGUGGUGGUUCAAAUAAUGUUGCAUUGGGUAAGAUGGUGCAUAACACAAUUCGAUCAAUCGGGAUCGAUGUGGACUUGUUUGUUGGUAGUGCCUUGAUCAAGUUGUAUGUAGAUAAUGGGUGUAUUUGUGAUGCAAGGCAAGUGUUCGAUGAAUUGUCUGUAAGAGACUGCGUUUUGUGGAAUGUCAUGCUAAAUGGUUAUGUAACUAGCGGUGAUUUUAACAAUGCAAUAGAAACUUUUCAGGAAAUGAGGAAUUGUUAUAUCAAGCCCAAUUCAGUAACUUUUACUUGUAUGUUAUCAUUAUGCUCUACAAGAGGGAUGUUUUAUGUUGGUACUCAGCUUCAUGGUCUUGUUAUUGGUAGUGGGUUCCAGCAUGAUUCGCAGGUAGCAAACACACUACUUUCCAUGUAUUCCAAAUGUGGUAACCUUGUUGAUGCACGUAGGUUAUUUGAUUCAAUGCCACAGACUGAUACAGUUACUUGGAAUAGGUUGAUUGCUGGAUAUGUGCAAAAUGGAUUGCAGGCCUUAACUUUAUUUAAUGCAAUGAUCUCUGCUAGUGUCAAACCAUAUUUGAUCACUUUUGCAAGUUUCCUUCCUUCUAUUGUUGAAUCUGGUAGUAGUUGUACCAAACAUUGUAAAGAAAUUCAUGGUUAUAUAGUCCGGCACAGGAUUCCUUUUGAUGUUUAUUUAAAGAGUUCACUUAUGGACGUAUACUUAAAGAAUAGGGACGUGGAUACGGCAUGCAAGAUUUUCCAGCAGAAUACUUCAGUUGAUGUUGCAGUUUGUACAGCUAUGAUCUCGGGCUAUGUACUUAAUGGUCUGUAUAUUGAUGUUAUAGUUUUUAGGUGGUUAGUUCAGGAGGGAAUGGUGCCUAAUUGCCUGACCAUGGCUGCUGUUUUGCCGGCAUGUGCUGCUUUGGCUUCUCUGAGAUUAGGGAAAGAAUUACAUUGUGUCAUUCUGAAAAAUCAACUUGAUAGUGUGCUUCAUGUGGGGUCUGCCAUCACAGAUAUGUAUUCAAAAUGUGGAAGACUAGAUCUUGCAUAUCAAUUUUUCAGAAGGAUGCCUGAAAGAGAUAGUGUAUGUUGGAACUCAAUGAUUGCAAGCUUCUCACAGAAUGGUAAACCAGAAAUGGCUAUUAAUAUUUUUCGUGGAAUGGGAAGGAAUGGAACCAAGUUUGAUUCCGUGAGCCUAUCAUCUGCGCUUUCUGCAAGUGCAAAUAUACCGGCACUCUAUUCUGGGAAAUAGAUGCACGGCUUUGUGAUAAGAAAUGCAUUUACUUCUGACACUAUUGUUGCAAGUGCACUGAUAGACAUGUAUUCUAAAUGUGGAAUAUUAGCCAUGGCUCAGUAUGUGUUUGACCUGAUGUACUGGAGGAAUGAAAUUUCAUGGAAUAGCAUCAUUGCUGCAUAUGGAAACCAUGGUCGCCCCAGGGAAUGUCUCGAGCUAUUCCAUGAAAUGUUAAAAGCCGAGAUUCACCCGGAUCACGUUACUUUCUUUGUUAUAAUAUCUGCUUGUGCUCAUGCUGGCCUAGUUGAUGAAGGCAUAUCAUAUUUCCGUUGCAUGACUGAAAGUUAUGGGAUUUGUGCUAAGAUGGAGCACUAUGCAUGCAUGGUAGAUUUGUAUGGCCGAGCUGGUCGUUUGCACGAGGCAUUCAAUACUAUAAAGAGCAUGCCGCUUGCUCCGGACGCAGGUGUUUGGGGGACACUACUAGGAGCUUGUCGGGUUCAUGGCAAUGUUGAGUUGGCCAGACUAGCUUCCGAACAUCUUCUGGAGUUAGACCCCCAAAAUUCGGGGUACUAUGUAUUGCUUUCGAAUGUACAUGCCGGUGCAGGGGAGUGGUCAGAUGUUCUUAAGAUUCGAAGUCGAAUGAAGGAAAAAGGAGUUCAGAAAAUAUGCGGAUACAGCUGGAUUGAUGUGAAUGGCAGCACCCAUAUGUUUUCUGCUGCUGAUGGUAGUCACCCACAAUCUUUUGAGAUCUAUUUGAUUCUGGAGAGUCUUCUCCUUGAGUUAAAAAAACAGGGUUAUGUCCCUCAACCAUACCUUCUACUGCAUCCACAAGUCGUUGUAAAAACUUGAAUGGAAACAACUAAUGUCUAUAUUCCAAGCAUCACCAAGAGCAAAAGUUUUGUUCUAUGUAAUCCAUAUUAUUAUAAAAAUGGUGUAUACUAAAUAUUAGCCACCAACUUUGUAUUCUUUC